AUGGAUGGCCUACAAGCUGGGAAAGCCGCAAGAUGGGCAGACGACAAGGCGGCAGGACCAGAAGAUGGUGUGGCUAUGCCAUGGCCUAGCCGCGAGAACGACCACGCGUGGAAAGAUCCUCAACAUGCGCGGCAAGACCUUCAACAUACAUGGGUAAAACAUGCAUGGAAAGAUCUUCAACACGCAUGGAAAGAUCUUCAACAUGCGUGGAUUGAUCUCCAAAUCGCGAUCAGAACGAUCACGAUCGACGACCUCCAAAUGGUGUGCGUGGCGCCGGGGUGGAAGAUUGCUCGCGGAACGGCUUCAAGAGCGAAGAAGAUGGAGCAAGGAGAAGUUCCAUGGAUUACCGAGAGCGCGGGAGCACUGGAGAUUGAAAAGCACGGCGAAAGGGGCUAG